CAGAAGGAGCAGGAGAUGCUGGGUGUUCACACAGAACCAUGAGGACCAGGAGAGGACAGCGGGUUCCACUAUGGGCCCAGAAGGAGCGGGAGGAGAUGGAGGGAUCCCGUAGGGGGCCAGAAGAUUCAGGAGGUGGUGGCUUCCGAGAUGAAUCCUGAAGAACUGGGAGGAGGUGGAGGUCCUAUUGGUGGUCCUACGGGUGGAGAGAUCGUCCUUCAGAUCCCACUGGUGAUGCCACAGAUCCUCCUGGGGAUCCCAUGGGUGGAGAUGUGUCCUCCAGAUCCCACUGGUGGUGCCACAGGUCCUUCAGAUCCUAUUGGUGGUCCUAUGGGUGGAGAGAUGUGUCCUUCAGAUCCCACUGAUGGUCCCACAGGUCCUUCAGAUCCCACUGAUGGUCCCACAGGUCCUUCAGAUCCCUCUGAUGGUCCCACAGGUCCUUCAGCUCCUACUGAUGGUCCCACAGGUCCUUCAGCUCCCACUGAUGAUCCCACAGGUCCUUCAGAUCCCACUGAUGAUCCCACAGGUCCUUCAGAUCCCACUGGUGAUCCCACUCAUCCUUCAGAUCCCACUGGUGAUCCCACAGGUCCUUCAGAUCCCACUGAUGGUCCCACAGGUCCUUCAGAUCCCACUGAUGGUCCCACAGGUCCUUCAGCUCCCACUGAUGGUCCCACAGGUCCUUCAGAUCCCACUGAUGGUCCCACAGGUCCUUCAGGAGCUGAAGUUGACACCAAAUCACCCGGUGCUUCUCCAAGGAACGGCCACCAAGACGGGACAAGACCAGCCUGCCCAGUUCCCCCAACGCCCCCAAGGUCUUCCCCACCCCGUUCCACCAUCCCUGGUGUCACCCCGAAGUCCUCCAGGUGA